GAUAUGGCAGUGCGGUGUGAACGUUUGGCUAACGCGGAUUGUCCUCAAGUUUUCCACAGUGAAUUUUAUCUAACGUGUUGAACGGAAGCCGGCCGAUGCGCACAUCUCGUUGCCGCAUCCCGUUUCACUCGGCCCUCCGCCAAUCGCCUCCGACCUCCGACCAAACGGACCUCUACACCUCAAUUCUCCCUCAGUCUUACUGUAGGCGGCGCGACGCACGGACGUACGCGGCUGUCGCUCGGUAUCCGUUCGCGAGCUUUCGAAUUUUACCUGUGGAUUGUCAGUGACAUGUGUCUAUAAAAAAAUACAUUAUAUAAACAUUGUGGAUUUUUUUCUGGAUUAACACUGCCCUGUUUCGAGUUCCGGGAAAAUCGCAACAUAUCAUAUUCAAGGUUUCAGUUUUUGGAUUGCAGUGAAGAGUUUGUUUGAUUUGUUUGUGCUGUCGCAGUUCUAGUAAAGAUACCAACAUCGGUUCGAAUUCGCAAGAACUUAGCUGUAACAAGGACUCGAGCUGAAGAAUAUGGACGAUAAAUCAUGCUCAAUGAGCGCUUGGAAAUGAAACAAAAAACGAGAAAGAAACUUUUCAAACAUAAACGAACCCAGGCCAAGUUAUAGCCACAUUCACCAAAGUCAUGUGAAGUUUAUUUUCAUCACUGAAACUGUCAUAUCGAAGAAGCAUAUCUUGUGACAAUCGUUAAACACGAAGACAUAUCUCAUUAUUUAAUGCUAGUCACCCUUUUGUGAUUAUAGAUAGUGUAAACUUUAUUGCUCAAAUUCUAUAAAGAAGAUUUUUGAUUUAAAACAUCAUAGAUUUAAAUGAAGAUAAGACUAAAAUAUUCAAGUUUCGAAAAAUGUAUUGAGUGAAUCAAAUAGACAGAGAACUAAACAGUCUAUAUCUUGGAAAUAAGUAUUGAGAAGAAUGAAAUACUACAGCAUGUUUUUCUUACGGAGGCGGACUUUGAUAUUGAAGGCUGUGCUCAUAUUAACAGCGAUAUGGUUUAUGGUCGCGCUGUUGACUACUAAUGGCGGUUCAAGGAAUUCGAUCGUUGCGCCAGCGAUCGAAUAUGUCGAAGCGGAGGCGAAGCCCUUGAAGAUGGGAAAGCCCACGUCUACAAAAAAGAAAAGUGAGACCUAUGGGAAUAAUUUAUCUGAUGCACCAACGCGGGUCGAUUGGAUCGGUCGGCUUGCGGGAAAUGAAGGGCUAGGUGUAAUCGCUGCCCCAGGCUCGGACAACGCACCCGGAGAACUUGGCAAACCGGUCGUCCUACCAAAGAAUAUUAGCGAAGAAGCCAAGUUAGCUGUCUCGGAGGGAUGGAAAAAGAACGCGUUCAACCAAUACGUCAGUGACCUGAUAUCUAUUAGGAGAAAGCUGCCGGACCCCAGAGACGAGUGGUGCAAAGUUCCAGGCAGAUAUUUAGAAGAUCUGCCACAAACAUCCGUAGUGAUAUGCUUCCACAACGAGGCAUGGUCGGUUCUACUUAGGACCGUUCAUUCAGUAUUGGAUCGGUCGCCGGCACACUUGAUCAAGGAAAUUAUUCUUGUCGACGACUUUUCUGAUAUGCCUCACUUAAUGCAGCAACUUGAUGAUUACAUGUCAUCAUUACCAAAAGUACGAAUAGUUCGAGCCACUCGACGUGAAGGUCUAAUCAGAGCACGACUCCUUGGUGCUCGAUACGUUACUGCUCCCGUUCUAACUUAUCUCGACAGCCAUUGCGAGUGCACUGAAGGAUGGCUCGAACCAUUACUAGAUAGAAUUGCCCGUAGUAAGACUACAGUAGUCUGCCCCGUAAUCGACGUCAUCGACGACAAUACCCUAGAGUAUCAUUAUAGAGACUCAUCUUCUGUCAAUGUUGGUGGUUUCGACUGGAAUCUCCAGUUCAAUUGGCACCCUGUUCCUGCAAAAGAAAGAGCGAGACACCAGCAUACAGCGGAGCCCGUGUGGUCUCCCACCAUGGCCGGUGGCCUCUUUGCUAUAGAUAAAGAAUUCUUUGAAAAAUUGGGAACUUACGACAGCGGAUUUGACAUUUGGGGCGGUGAAAAUCUGGAGUUGUCAUUCAAAACGUGGAUGUGCGGUGGAACUCUAGAAAUAGUUCCGUGUUCACACGUCGGUCACAUAUUCAGGAAACGUUCACCAUACAAGUGGCGGACCGGUGUCAAUGUACUGAAGAGAAACUCUGUUCGUUUAGCUGAGGUUUGGUUAGAUGAUUAUGCGAAGUACUAUUAUCAGCGUGUUGGUAACGAUAAGGGUGAUUAUGGCGACAUUACUGGACGGAAACAACUGAGAGAAAAAUUAGGAUGCAAAACGUUCGAGUGGUAUUUGAAGAACAUUUACCCUGAACUGUUCAUUCCCGGAGAGUCUGUCGCGCAUGGAGAGGUUCGAAAUGGAGGCUUCAAAAAUAACUGCCUUGAUGGUGUGACCGUCCCAGAGAAUCACAUUGAAGAACCUCAUCCAACUGUCAAAACUCGCAAAUGCCAUGGCAGUGGUGGUAAUCAGUAUUGGAUGUAUUCCAAGAAUGGCGAGAUCCGACGUGACGAGACAUGCCUGGAUUAUUCUGGACAUGAUGUUGUAUUGUACCCUUGCCACGGUGCCAAGGGUAACCAGCUGUGGAUCUAUGAUGCCCGCCUGAAGUUACUGAAGCAUGGCUCAAGUGAGAAAUGCAUGGCGGUAUCAAGGAACAAAGACAAGAUUGUGAUGGAGACGUGCAGCGAGUCGGAGCCAAGGCAGAUGUGGAGCAUGGAGAACUUCAACGCUAACAGAUUGGCACCAGAGCUGACACAAGCCGAGUAGCCGGAGGCUUACCUAGAAGUGCUGUUCAUAUAAACAGCAUAAAGACAAUGAGAAUAACGUGACUGUGACAUAGUGUUAAUUCAAUGGUUCACUUGUUGUCUGAUGCAAUGAAUGCUUGUAGUUAAACGUGUACUUGUUUAGUGUGAAACGCUACGGGCUGUUUAGACUAUAAGGCUUCACCAUUUACACAGGCUUGUUGAACGUUUUUGCAAUGGAGAAUAUGGUGAGAUUUUGGCGACAUCAUAGCACGUUGAUAUUGCAAUGUCAAUUGCUGGAAACCCCCACUUGCUAUGGUGCUGCCAUCUGUAUUAGCGAACCUAACCUUCUCUAUUGCUAAUAUGAACCCCGUUGAACUCGGCCUAUUAACGACUGAUGUGUUCGAUUUUAGUUUCGCUUGAAUGUCAUUUGUUUAGUUCCUACAGAUUCUGUGCGAAAUAUUAUAGGAAAGUGAAUUUGUGGAUGGUGGAAAUUUUGAGUUAGUUUCAAGAAAAUAACUGUUAUAACGAUGGUGCUUGCCUAUGUUUGUCUUGUGGAAGAUCGUUAUUUAUUACUUCUACUAAAAUUGUUAUGUCUUGCUGUUGUUAGAAAUCAGCGUUUUAUUUUAUUUCUAUAUUAUUUUUUCUAUGCGAUUGUUGUUUUACUUGGAAACUUACUAAAUUAUACAUACAUAUCUUCUUCGUAAAGAGAAAACAUUUAUCGAUAUUUUCAACUAGAAUGAAUGUUUUUUGCCGUCUUUUUAUAAAUUUUAAAGUGUUUUAUGUAAAAUUAAUGUUGUAAUAGUAUUCUUUAUCGAGUAUUAACUUACUGGUUAGGAUUUAGUAUAGAUAUUAACUGUACAUAUCUUUGAUAUCUGUAUGCUUCGAUAUUUAUUACGAUUACAUGGAUUAUAAUAUGGAUGACCUAAGAAAAGAGUCUGUGACUUGAAUAGCGAAUGAAAGUCAUCUUAGAAUAUUGGAUUGGUAUUUUUAAGCCUCCUAUCUAUUGGUAAUAUUUUUGAACGAUACAUAAUUCAGGACAGUUAAAUUAUAAUAAAAUAAGUUUGCUGGUCAACUUUUUCGAUUCAAAUGUGAAAUACAACAAUAGUUUACGACACAAUUAUGUUUUUAAAAAGAUAAUUAUGGCUUAAAGAUACCAUUAAUAAAAAGCAAGGUCAACAAUGGAUAAUAGGAUCGGUGAUUAAAAAAUGCUAAUGACUUUUAGUCCGAUGUAAAUUACAUAAUUGUGAUUAAUUAGAUAUCAUUCAAUAUACCUACCUAAUAGUUAGUCUUAUUGACUUAUGUCGUAGAAUGUAAAAAUUUUAGUGAAAUUGUAAAUUGUAAUGAUAGAAUUUUUUAAAGUAUGUCUAUGAAUAUAAGUAAAUAUUUUUGUACUCAUAAGUUACUGAGCGAAUUUAUUUUUAGUCACACUUUACGUCUUGUGUUAUGUUGUUAGAAAAAUUUACGGAUUAUUGAAUAACAGAUUUUAAAAGAAAGUUCUGUAAUGAAAGUACAUGAGUUUCUUUUUAACUUUGUGAACUAGUUUCCAAAACCGUUUUCGUAACUGAGUCUUAUACAUUCCUGAAGCAGUUAAUACAAUAUCAGUCUUAUGUCCGAAUACUCAAACGCUACUCAAUUUUAAGACGCUCUCAAAACUAAUUCUGUCCCUAUCAAUUCUUUAUAAAAUGACAGAGAUAGCACGAUAUUUAAGUACAACUUAAAAUUGAGUAGCAUUUCAGUAUUCGGGCGUUAAUAGAUUUCCUUCGAUACGUCUUCAUUAGAAAUAUAACAUUCCUCUUUGUGAUCGAUACGAAAAUAAAAUUAAUGAGUACCUAAAAUGUCCAAUACAGUUUUGAUAGAUAUAUUUUAUAGUAAUACUAUCGUUAAUUUAAUUACUUCCAUUUUCAACUGUGGUAGACUUUGAGCCAGUAUUUUUAUUUUCCCCCUUUUUAUCUAAGGACAUAAAUAUAAAUAGAUAGUUCUGAAAAGACAUGAUACUGCCAAUUUGUCUUCCUAAGUGUAUCUACAUGCUUUGUUUACGGCUGAAAUAAAUAACCAAUCUUGAGCUAAAAUCUUUGGAUGGUAUAGACAGAAACUCCAUCUUCCUAUGUCAAUCCCCAAUUUCUAAUAGGUCGUCAACACUCUAGUAUCUUUAGUAGUGUUGCGGGUGUCAAUAGGCAGCGCUGAUUACUUGCAAUCACUAAGAUCAGUCAGCUCCUUUGCCUCAUAAAAAAUGGCUUAAUUCAAACAUUUUAAAUAGAGAUUGGUUAUUAAUUUCAGUUGUUAGUCACUCUCACCUCCUUUCCUUUACAAUUCCAUAUACUAGAGAGCUUAGUACGAGUUUUUUUAACGUUUAACGUUAUCGAUAUGUUUGGCGUUCAGCGCUCUGAUUGGCCAGCUCCAAUGAAGCAACCAAUCAGAGGGCUAAACGCUAUAACGUUUCGAUCUCGUUAAACGUGAAACAAACUUAUACUAGGUCCUUUGUUUAGGUCUACGUAAAUAAUUGACUGAAUUAUAAUUUGAGGAUAGCGGUCGAUUGUGGUGAAAUAAAAUAAUUUUCGAUUACUAUCGAAAGUCAUUUUAUUUAUUGAUAGCAUUUAUGAUUAAAAUAGAUAUUAAUAAUUCAUUGUUAAAUUUAUUUGUGUGUUCACGUUUAGUUAUUAAAUAAAAUACCAGUUAUUUGAAUUAUUUGUCACAAGGUAUAGCGAAUUACAUUUUGAUUGUCCAUACGAUUCAGUUGCAUUAAAACAUCACAAAUAUCUAAGACUAUAAUUUAAUUAUUUUCAUUAGAUCUUAAUGUUUUUGUGGAAGAGAUUAUUUUAGUUGAAAUUUUAUUCCAAGGUUUUGAUGUAAAUAGCUUCAUAUAGUUGAUAUUAUUAUUAUAUAUGGUGUCAUUUUUUAUAGUGAGAGGUGUGAAGUUAAUUUUUGUUAUAGAAAAUUCUACACUAAGUUCUAAGGUUUUAUCCAAGUCUUAUCUAUUGAGUUAUUGAAUAUAAAUAGGUUAUUGUAAUAAAUAAAUUGAAAAUAACACUAUUAUCUUCACACCCUGGCCGUGUAAUCCGUGCAUUCGCAAUUGUAUAGUUAGUAAAUUAAUAGAAUUAUAAACUAAAUAGAUAUUUAUGUAAUAAGAUGUUUUAAUGUGCCUUAUAACUUUACAUAAUUAUUAUUGAAUGUUGAAAUUUCUGUAUAUAAUGCGGUGUCUCCAAAUGUAAUUAUAAUAGGUAUGUACUAUAGCGUAUCAUUUAGAUGGCGAUUACAUAGUAUUUGUAAAAUAAAGCAUUAUGUUGGAUUUGUA